GUGCCCCGCGCUGAGUCAAGAUGGAGGAGCGCAGCGGUCGCGGGAGAACAAUGUUUAGACUCUGAAGACAGAAACAAACGACCGAGCUGGGCGGUAAAAAAAACGAGCACGGCCAGAGUGAGCGGUGGUCAUGAGCUGGAUGAGAGCUGUGGCCCUCUUUUGAAGACCCUAUCAUUUCAGCGUCACUCCGCUCUGUCCAAGCGCUUCCACCAUGAGCCUCAUCCAGGACAAGCUGGGAAGCGAGUUCCUGCGGCCAGGCGGGGGCAUGGAGGCUGGCUUCAGCUCGGGCAUGCUGAUGUUCAGUCACCUGCCACCCGUCACCAGCUUCACCCGCCUGGCCGGACAGAGUGUCAUGGCCGAGCUGCAGCCACACGAUUUCGUCCUGAAAAAGGAGCGCCACUCGCCUGACUGUGACAGCUCAGGAGGAGGAGGAGGACUGGUCUCCGGAGCGGGGAUGAUGCCAGGGAUGGGAGAGUACAUGCCUGCUAUGGGCAUUAAGCAGGAGAAGGUUUCAGAGCUGGACUACAGGCAGCCCAUGUAUUCGAGUGACGGGGGGCGUGGAGGCACAGAGAUGAUGGAGAUGACUCUCGGCAACCAUCAGAACCUGCUGAUACACGACCUCAGCAUGGGGAACCUGUCGGGGAGGCUGGGAAAGGACUCCUCGGGGAGGAAAGGUCGAAGGUCAAACAGUGACGGACAGGAGGGCAAGACGCGACGGAAACGAGGAGAAUCGAAGUCUCUAAUGCUGGAUCCUGAUGGAGGGACGGUGUCUCCCAGCUCCAAACCGCACAUCUGUGAGCACUGCAGUGCAGCUUUCCGCAGCUCCUACCAUCUCCGCAGACAUGUUCUCAUACACACGGGUGAAAGGCCAUUUCGGUGUAACCAGUGUAAUAUGAGCUUCAUACAGAAAUACCUCCUACAGAGACAUGAGAAAAUUCACAGCGGAGAGAAGCCUUUUAGCUGUGACCAGUGCAACAUGCGCUUCAUUCAGAAAUACCACAUGGAGAGACACAAACGAACACACAGCGGAGAAAAGCCAUACAAGUGUGACACCUGUCAACAGUAUUUUUCCAGGACAGACCGGUUGUUGAAGCACAAGCGGACGUGCGGAGAUGGCAUAAAAAAGGAUUUGGAUGGAGUGGAGAUGGAAAUGGGCAGAGAGCAUGGCAGCUACGCAAUCACUCAGGGAAAUGUGACCACACCAGGCCGCAAACGAGGAAAGUCCAAAACCGGUGGUGAGGGUUGCAAACGCAAAAGGGCACCAGGGCUCUCGCACAGUCAGGGGACAGAGGGGUAUGAAGUGCAUGAUUUUAACACUGUGGACAACCAUGGACACUCUCUAUCAUCUUCGACAUCAGCAUCCCAUCCGGGGCCGAGCAUGCACGGAGAACCAGUGCCAGCACCCAAAAUGGCAUUUAAAAAGAGCCACAGGAAAGGCUUGGAAAAAAAUCCCCAAGCCAAGCCUGGCAACAUGGAGCUGACCGGAGAUGCUGGCAUGGAUGAUAUGGGCCUCCUCCAGAGCCACAAAGCAGGCCAAAGUAGUAGCAGCAGCAACAAUGCCAACUAUGACGAUGCCAUGCAGUUCCUCAAGAAGCGGCGCUACCUGCCUGGGACCAGCAAUGGCAUUGUAGGGGGUGGAGCUACUGGCUAUGACGUGGGGGUCAGCCACUUGCAUCCCCAACCGGUGGUUGUGCAGGGCAUCGUGUCUGGAGUGAUGGACGGAGACUCCUCGUUGGGACUCCUCGACUCGUCACCGCUGGCUGACAUCAAACCGGACAAGUCAGGAAUCCCAGAUGAAGUGCUACAAAGCCUGCUGGAGCACUAUGGCCACAAGCCUGACGUGACGUUUGACCUAUCUGACCCACAUCAUGUGGAACUGGAGCAUGGCACGGCCGAAGGAGUUGACCCGUUGGGUGCCGAGAGCAACUCGGGCGGCGGAGACAAGACGUCCUUGAUGCACGAGUACUCUCGCUUCCUCCUUCAGGCUCUCGAGAGGACGAGUCACAGUGGUGGAUUUGUACUCGGCCCGACGCCUUCCUCCUCCUCCUCCACUUCGUCGUCCGGCACCGUAGCUUCUUUUUCCACGUACACCACCUCCCAUCUGGAGUUUUCCUUCGGCCUCCCAGCCUCCUCAUCGACGCUUAAUUGUUCUGUGCCAAAGUCACACUUUGGCUUGUUGGGGAACUCGUCGCCUUCGCAGGGCUUCCAUCUGAGUGGCCUGGACCCCACGGCGCACACUCAGCAUUCCCAGCAGCCUCAACCACAGCAGCAGCAGCUCACCCCAUCCCAGGAGCUGACAGAACACCUGGAGAAACAACACAACAGCUCUCCAUCUGCUCCUCCUCACACCCCCAACUCAAGCGCCUACCAGCUCCCAGCUCCAACAACUGACCUCAGCGGCCAAAAAGACGACCAAGGCUCCAAAAACGGCGCCGCUGGCUUCUCAAUGGUCCCUGCCAAAGGCUCAUAUCAGAUUGAAAACUUUGCUCAGGCUUUUGGGGGGCAGUUUAAAGGUGGCCAUAGGCCUUUGGUGUUUGGUACAGACUCGGGCACAGAUGUGGAGCAAUUCUCAGGGUACAGCAGCCUUCUGGCCAGCGUGAGCGAUACCAAAAGCCCACAAAGCCAAAGCUACAACUGAUCUGGCUGCAGAGCUUCUGCUUAUUCAUUUUGUCUUUUGUAUCGUUGUUUUUGUUAUUAUUAAUAUUAUUAUUAAUUAUUUAGUUCUAUUUUAUUAUUAUUUUUGUAAUGCUUUUUUUUGUGUUUUUUUGUAAUUAUCUUGUUGCCAUUUAUGAAAACAUGAAAUUUCACCCUUAGAUGGCUUGCGAAGCCGGAAAUGAAAUGCAAAAUUAAGUAUUUUCGAUUCGUUUCCUCUUUUGGAAGGAAAAGGCAUAUUUACUAAUGAUCUUCUUUUUCGUAGUGUCUUAGAAACUGCUCUGUUCAUCGACAGAACAUCAUGAAGCAAAAAUAGAGUAGCAGCAAUGAACUUUUCCACAGUUUGUCUCUUUCCCCUUUCUCUAUCCAGCGACGGUCAUGUUUUCACAAUGUAAAAUAACUUUGAGGUAAGAAAUGACAGGGAUUAGCCCGGAAAAGGAGAUGGUGGGGGGGAAAAAAAAUCCAAAAAUGUCGUCUGUUACAAGAUUUAAAGUAUUACUCAGGUAAAAUGUGUAAAGGUGUACAGGAAAAUUUUAUCAGAGCGGCAGCAAUAAUGCAUUGAAAAGGUGGAAAACUUUGCAAAUACAGAGAAGCUUUGAUUUAUUAUUUCUCUCUCUCUCGGAAUUAUUAUUUUUAUUUUCUUUCGAUUGCGACACCUAAAAACAUGAAACUGCUGCCUGCUCUGUUUCACUGACAACACUUUCCACUCGGCUGUAUAGAGAUUAUGGUACUUUUAUGUAAAUGUGAAACGCUCACAUUUUCCUUCAAUAAGGGCCAUAUAUAUUUAUAAGAAUAACUAUAUGUACUAUACCAUAUGUAACCUUUCUGAGGAACGGCGGGUGACACCGUGGUGGUAAUGGUGGGGAGAAGGGGAUGUGUCCGAGCAUGCUCUUUUUUUUCUCCUUUGCCAAAUCCCUCACCGUAGUCCUCUUACCCCCCCCCUAAUUCCCCUCCCCCUUUUAUUUUAUUUUACCUUUUUUACUUUUUCCCCUCCGCCUUUUCACCUUUGGAGAGCAGAGCCAAGGGUUGCUCACAAGAGGGCACCGUGUGCACAUGUGUGAGUGCCUCUCAUCACACACCAGCUCAUAGGAAUAUGCUGUGCCUCUUUCACCUGCCUCCUCCUCCUCCUCCUCUUCUUCAUCUCGAAAAAGAGUCCAGUCGAGCACUUUGAACCUGUUCCUCCUUUUUUGCAUACAGGAUGAAACGGCCCAGUCUGAUCAAGCAGGAUGUUCGUUCUGUAACAGCGGACAUGCUAUUUUUUUAUGUAAAAAAGAAAAUAAAUCUAAAGUCAAUGUUUCAGAAGGCACGCAAGGGAUAAAGACCAGGACGUGGUUCGAUUCUUUAACACGAGCGGGGUGGGGAGGGGCUGGGGUUUUUUAUACGGAUAUGACGAGGUCUUACAUUUCUAGAACGGUUUAGUAGGUCAAAUGGAGGGUGGGGUUAUUUUGGGUGUGUACGUGUGUGAGGGAAGCUUGUUUAUUUUUUUUGGACUUCUGGAUGUAUGUAGAGCAAGCCUAGAAUGGGAGGGGUGGAGUUUCAAUUUCUUAGGUAGUAUUAAAUCUAGGGAAGCGGUGUCGAUUUUUAACAGACCCCCGUAAAGACGCUGUGACUUUCACCAGGCAGAUCCAAAAAAAAAAGGAAAAAAGAAUGGAGUACAAAACGUAAUCAUUUCACAGUGCUGAAACUGUGCAAGCAUGCAGGGUGAAGUAUUAUCUUCAACUACAUUUCAGCUUUCUCUUAUGUAAUAAUUUAAGUAUUAUUGUUUGUGUUUUUUUUUUAUUUUUUAUUUUUUUUUUUAUAAAUAAUAAGUACGUGCAUUGUCUUCCACCACUUUUGGUUGCUGUCUUUGUUCUAUUUUUUUCCCCCCUCUUUCUUAUUUUUCCCCCCUCUCACUAUAGCUCUUUCAUAUGCACCUACUGAUUACUUCAGACUGAACCUCUGGAGACCGAUAUAUCAUGGGGAACAAAAAAAAAGUGACCACUAGAACCAAGUACUGUGUUUGUAGCAUCCUAGGGUACUCGUAUGGCUGUUAUCAAUAAUGAUCCUCAUAGCUGAUCGCUUUAUACCUCAUAUCACUGAUGACACAAGCAGGGAUUCAGGACAGAAGGAGGCAUGCAUGUAGCAGGGACGAUUUGGUUUCAGUAGUGAAAAUCCUCACUUUUUUAUUAUUAUUAUUGUUAUUAUUAUUAUUUUAUCUCUCUGCUUUUUCCUGUUAAGGUUUACUCAGUCUGUAUAGAGACGGCCUUCAGGAGAGCGUGACCUCUCGGGUCAUGAGAUGGAUUUGGGGCGGGGGGGAUCCACCCAGAGCAAUUUGCAUAUCAACGUUUAUAAUUAUUUUCUAUUAUUUUAGAAUGCAAUACUAAGUUUUGGUCACCUUGGUUAACGGUUUUCCUGCAUUACUUACAAUGCCGUGGCUCAAGCAUUUAUGUCUCUCUACAGAGAGUGAUGCAGCAGAGCUUUAGCCCUUCACACCUCUGUCAGUGCAGCAGCACUCGUAGGUCACUAACUAGCCACAUCCCCAGCGUAACGAGUAGCCGCAUUGCAUUCUGGGACCAGCGUCUGCUUCGACACCGAACGCUGCUGGAAAACGGUGCAUGAGAAAUGAACGCUUUCUCUUGUAUUUUUUUUUUUUUUUUAGGUAACGAACAGCGAACCCUGACCGUUAUACGUUCUGUUUGAGAUCUGUGAAUUAUUAUUUUUUUUUUUUUCAAACCCAGUCAGAACGCAGCUAGAAACGUCUCCCUGUGACGACACGCUACACGCAGCCACUUUCAGGCUGGAGUUUUCCUCUAACCAAUGGCACUGAGACUGGAGCAGCUUUGCUCAUUUACACAUGGUGGAAAUGUGGUCCACUGUUUGUUUGUUUUUUUUUUUACACUAAUCUUAAAUUUGUAUUUGUACAAAAGAAAAAAAAAUCUCAGUGGUAUGCUUGUCUCAGGUGGAAAUGCGGUGUGUCGAUAAAGAGAAGAAAGGAACGUGUAAGAGAGGAAAACAACCAGUUUAAAGUUAAAACCAGUUCACCAGAAGUGUUUAGUAGACUUUUGUUGAAGGUUUGUGAAAAUUGUUUCAGGAAAAGAAUCAAUUUGGAAUGAUUUUAUAGGAAUAAGCUGAUGCGAUGUCUCUCUCUCUCUCUCUCUCUCUCUCUCUCUCUCUCUCUGUAACAUUGGAAAGUAUAAAUGGAUACCAGACUGUAUAAAAAUCUGUCCUUAUUUUAACGUGUUAUAGAAGCAGUGAAACUUUUGGCCUCUUAUUCAGACUGGUAAACACCAAGAAGUGUUCAUUUUAUCCUUAAAGCAUCGCUUGUUCUCCUCCUCCUCAAUGUGACGACUUCUUUUAUCAUCAAAACCAAAAUGAUGUAUUAUUAUUGUUUACAUGCAAUGUACAAAAACACUAAUGUUUCUUUCUGUCUCUUUUUUUUUGUUUUUUUAUUUGCCCCCCCCCCCCCCCCCUUUUUUUUUGUCACCACACAAAUUUGUAGCCAACGUUCCUUCUGUCUGAUUUUAUUCCAGAUUCUUGUGAUCUGACUCACAGGGCUAAGCCUGUCCCUUUGAAUUUAUUAUCGAUUAGGGGUUAAAAAAAUAAAACGCUGUUAUCAGUG